GCCUCCCUCUGUCCGAGCACAGUCGCACUCCAAGCCGAAGCAACCCUCGCCGCCGUCCCUGAAUUUCGCUCGCGCCCGCGGCAACCCAGCGCCGCCUCUCUCCCUCUUUUGCGGCUCGCCGACUCCGAUUCUUCGCCAAUCUUUGCCGUCGCCCCGCCUAGCUCGCCGAUUCGCCGUUCGAAGCCGAGGCGAGACACAGUUGUUUCAUCUGGUGAAAUAAGAAGCUUAAGAGGGAUGGCUUGGCGGACACAGUUACGAACCUUAAUGUGCCAUGUCGGGGAAAGACUGGAGAUUAAUGGCCAUGCAGCUACCGGCUUCUCUUGUUCCCGUCUGCUGUCUUCUUCUGCACCUGGUGGCGCCUCCAAUUUACAGAGACUCUGGGAAUCUCCUUCUGCAAACAUCCUAAGACCGCUAUACCAAUAUCUUCAACAGGCGGGGAUUUCUAGUUCAAGAAAGCUCCUGGCUGAUUCAUCUGACACAGCUCCUAUUUCUUCUCCAUUAACUCCUAUGUUGCCACUAAGCAGUGGAACAGGUGAAAGUCAGAAAGUGGUUUCUAAGCCUUCAAAAGUUCAAGCAGUAUUGAAAGGCAUAAAGCAGAGUCCUAAGAAGGUCAAUUUGGUCGCUGCUUUGGUUCGUGGAAUGCGUGUUGAAGAUGCAUUGUUGCAAUUGCAAGUGACCGUAAAAAGAGCUGCAAAAACCGUCUACCAGGUUAUUCACUCUGCUAGAGCAAAUGCCUCGCACAACCAUGGAUUAGAUCCCGAAAAACUUCUUGUUGCCGAGGCAUUUGUAGGAAAGGGAUUUUACCAGAAGAGAAUUAGCUACCAUUCAAAAGGAAGAUGUGGAAUCAAAGUGAGACCUGAGUGCCGCCUGACAGUAGUAGUGAGGGAGGUAACUGCCGAAGAAGAGGCUGAGAUAGCAAAGCUGAGAGUAAGCAAUUUCCGCAAGCUUACAAAGCGGGAAAGUCGGCUUGUUCCCCAUAAGCUCAUUGAGUCCACUCCAAUCUGGAACCGUAAAGGCAAAGCUGGCAAGAAUGAGUCGAGUGCGAUGGCUGCAUGAUCCAUUUUAUCCUGGAUCACUGCACUUGUAUGGUUUACUUCUGAUGAAGUUUUGAAACGCCCCUUUGUUUAGAAUGUAGCCAGGUGCGAGCGAGGAGAACCUAGCAAUAGUCCCCAGUACAUUUAGAGGUAAUUCUGAAUGAAGGUAAAUUAAUUAGUGACGUUAAUUACCGUUGGAGGAAGGUAGGUUUUGUUGAACGUAAACACCAAAUCUUCGAGCUCACUUUUGAUGGACUUUAAAACAUAAAACGGAGUCGAAGAGUGAUGGCCUGCUGAAAGUCAUUAGCAGGAUUUUUUUUUUUGUUGAAUUUGUUGCUAUGAGCUAAGGGGAAACAUCUUCGGUUCAUUCUGCUUGAUCUAGAGUUAACAAUUGGCUGCGGGCUUGCAUGACCCGGAACUUGCCUUCUUUCUGAGUCUUCAUGCUAAUAUCAUUCCUUAUUCAAUUGCUUGGGAGAAAUUCAAGGUUUUCUGCAUCUGCUGAUAAA